AUGGGCGACGCGAAGCCCGCGGCGACGCUGCUCAAGUGCGUCGUCCUCGGAAGCAGCAACGUGGGCAAGACGUCGCUGCUCAUGCAGUUCGUCCACGGCAAGUUCACGCCCGCGCGGCGCGUGACGACGGGCGCGGACUUCGCGUCCAAGGUGCUCCACCUCGGCGACCGCGAGGUGCGCCUCGUCAUCUGGGACACGGCGGGCCAGGAGCGGUUCCACCACGGCACGCUCGGCGGCGCGUUCUACCGCGGCGCCGACGCGGCGCUUUUGGUCUACGACACGACGGACAUCCGGACCUUCGAGCAGAUCGAGAUGUGGCGCCGCGAGCUGCUCCAGCGCAUCGACGGCCCGCCCGAGGAGUUCCCCGUCGUCGUCGUCGGGAACAAGGUCGACGUGCCGAACAAGACGCGGGAGCACGAGCAGGCCGCCGUCGUCCGCUGGUGCCGCGACCUCGGCAUCGGCCUCUGCCUCACGUCGGCCAAGGACGGCACGGGCGUCGCCGUCGCCAUGGAGGCCGUCGCCAUGCUCGCCCUCGAGAACAAGCGGCGGCGCCAGGCGGCCGAGCCCGAGCAGAAGCGGCAGACCGUCGUCCUCGACGAGCUCCACGCGCGGCCCGUCGCGCGGGACGCGUCCUGCUGCAAGUGA